AUGGACGGCAAACGGCACCCUAGUUCGUUCCAGCAGCUGGAGAAGCUCGGAGAGGGCACAUACGCAACUGUGUUCAAAGGCAGGAAUCGCCAGACCGGAGAGCUCGUCGCUCUCAAGGAGAUUCAUCUCGAUUCGGAAGAAGGAACGCCGUCGACUGCCAUCCGCGAAAUCUCACUUAUGAAAGAGCUCAAACACGAAAACAUUGUCGGGCUUCACGAUGUUAUUCACACCGAGAACAAGCUGAUGCUCGUCUUCGAAUACAUGGACGGCGACCUCAAGCGAUACAUGGAUACGCAUGGCGAACGUGGCGCGCUCAAGCCGGCGACCAUCAAGUCCUUCAUGUACCAACUGCUCAAGGGCAUCGACUUCUGCCACCAGAAUAGAGUGCUGCACCGAGACCUCAAACCCCAGAACCUGCUUAUCAACAGUAAAGGGUGUCUGAAGCUCGGCGACUUUGGCCUUGCCCGAGCCUUUGGUAUCCCCGUCAAUACAUUCUCCAAUGAGGUUGUCACCCUGUGGUAUCGUGCGCCGGACGUCCUGCUCGGUAGCAGGACAUACAACACAAGCAUCGACAUCUGGUCAGCUGGGUGCAUCAUGGCCGAGAUGUACACUGGCCGGCCCUUAUUUCCCGGCACGACAAACGAAGACCAGAUUGUCAGGAUAUUCCGUAUCAUGGGCACGCCUACUGAGCGUACAUGGCCGGGCAUCACGCAGCUGCCAGAGUACAAGCCGACGUUCCAGAUGUACGCGACGCAGGAUUUGCGCAACAUUCUACACGCCAUCGACCCUACCGGAAUCGACCUGCUUCAACGGAUGCUUCAGCUUCGGCCAGAACUCCGCAUCAGUGCUCAUGACGCCCUGCAGCACCCGUGGUUCAACGACAUCGUCCUACAGCAACAGCAGCAGCAACAGCAGCAACAGCAAGCUGCUCUGCAAGCUCAGGCGCGGAGCUUCCAGCAGGCGGUUCCAUCACAGCCCUUUGACAACAACUACUAG